AUGAAAAAGUAUAACGUUAUUGUGGUUGUAAAACCACAUCAUUCUUUGUAUACCGUGUACCUAGCCUGUCCACGUAAGCAAGUGGGGAGGCGAGAUGGGUCGCCAAGGAGGCGAGGAAGUGCUGCAAGAAGGAACAACGGCAGCAACAACAGCAGCGGCGCAAGAAGAAACGCGGCGUCAAUGUUUGCCCCUAAAACCGCAUUUGUAGUGAUCACAUUGCAACCGGAUGCGGUUAAUCAGGGGGUUACGCAUGACGCCCUAAAAAAUGAGAGGGGCGAUAAGUCCUGCAGUUCAGAGCCUGCUGCGUUGCCGGCCUUUUAA